AUGAAGGGAGGGAUGGGAAACGGACUGGAGCUGAUGUUGGAUAUCCAACAAGAUGAAUACCUUCCAGUCUGGGGAGAAACAGGUGAAGAGGGGGGGAGGGGGGAGGGAGGGAGGGAGGGAGGGGAGGGAGGGAGGGAGGGAGGGAGGGAGGGAGGGAGGGGGAACGGACUGGAGCUGAUGUUGGAUAUACAACAGGAUGAAUACCUGCCAGUCUGGGGAGAAACAGGUGAAGAGGGGGGGAGGGGGGGGGGGGGAGGGAGGGAGGGAGGGAGGGAUGGGAAACGGACUGGAGCUGAUGUUGGAUAUCCAACAAGAUGAAUACCUUCCAGUCUGGGGAGAAACAGGUGAAGAGGGGGGGAGGGGGGGGGGGGGGAGGGAGGGAGGGAGGGAGGGAGGGAGGGAGGGAGGGAGGGGGAACGGACUGGAGCUGAUGUUGGAUAUACAACAGGAUGAAUACCUGCCAGUCUGGGGAGAGAAACAGGUGAAGAGGGGGGGAGGGGGGGGGGGAGGGAGGGAGGGAGGGAGGGAGGGGGAACGGACUGGAGCUGAUGUUGGAUAUACAACAGGAUGA